GUCUGCUCCAGAGGUGUGGCUGCCCACUCGCGACGCUCGGCUGAAGCUCGCACUGCGACCGCGGGGCCGACAGGCUGAAUUCAUCGCUGAGGGAGGGCGGCUGCCCGGUCGGGCUCCAGGGCGGUGGGUGUUUCCCGAGGACUCCCGGAGGGCAGCGGGGACUCCUGAGGCCCCGGAAGGGCCGUUCCUCGCCUCGGCCGCGCAGCUUCUGCUCCUGCCCCGAGUGAGUCGAGCGUCCUCACCAUGUCGGCCUACCCCAAAAGUUACAACCCAUUCGACGAUGACGCUGAAGAUGAGGGCGCCCCGCCAACACCGUGGAAGGACUCCAGCGACCUCUCUGUCGGGUCCGGAGCGCCUGCGGACAGGCAGCAGUACCUGCGGCAGGAGGUGAUGCGCAGGGCCGAGGCCUCGGCCGCCAGCACCAGCAGGUCUCUGUCGCUCAUGUAUGAGUCCGAGAAGGUCGGCGUCGCCACUUCCGAGGAGCUCGUCCGACAGCGAGGAGUCUUAGAACGCACAGAGAAGAUGGUGGACAAAAUGGAUCAAGAUUUGAAGAUCAGCCAGAAGCACAUUAACAGCAUUAAAAGUGUGUUUGGGGGGUUUGUCAAUUACUUCAAAUCUAAACCCGCAGAGACCCCACCUGAACAGAAUGGUACCCUCGCCCCCCAGCCCAACAGCAGAUUGAAAGACGCUAUAAGUACAAGUAAAGAACAGGAAGCACAGUACCAGGCCAGCCACCCAAACCUCAGGAAGCUGAAUGACUCAGACUCCAUCCCUGAAGGGGCCAUAUCUGCUGUGAGUACUGAGGCUUACCCGAAGAACCCACACCUUCGAGCUUACCACCAGAAGAUCGACAGUAAUCUAGAUGAGCUGUCCAUGGGACUGGGCCGGCUGAAGAACAUAGCCCUGGGGAUGCAGACGGAAAUUGAGGAGCAGGAUGACAUUAUUGACCGCCUCACAACCAAAGUGGACAAGUUAGAUGUCAAUAUAAAAAACACAGAAAGAAAAGUUCGACAACUUUAAAGACAGUGAAGGAUUUCCACUCCAUUGUGAUGAAAAGAUUUGGAAGAUCUUUUAAACUCCCAAGAAAUUUCAUUUAUUAUUUUAGUAUGUAAUUUAACAUGUGUUUGCAAAUGUUACAAUAGAGUUGGUCUUAAGAGAUUUUGUUAUAGGAAGUGUGCAUCCCACUCUUUGUGAGAGUCAACACCUCGUUCCCUUCUUUGAAUGCUUAGAGUUUUAGCCUGAGCACAGUCUCCUUGCCCCAAAUAUCUUGGGCCUUUACUAUUACCAUGUUGGAAUGAGAAGAAAAAGUUAGAGUUCUCACCUCAGAGAGCAUAUGGAAAGAUGUGGGCAAAAUUUCAGUCUGUUUGUUGUAUAUCUCAUUCCUAGGCCUUACCUUAAUCAGAGUGCUAUAGGACCCUGUGAGCCAGCUGCUUGUGCAGGAGGGUCCGUCUUCCCCAUACCUUUAUUUAGCAGUCAUCAUCUCUCCUCUGUGCCCCACACACAUGCAUGCACACUUCGAGCACAUCAUAAUUCUCUUAACCUCUGGAAAAGGAUCAGUUUGAGGUUCAGAAAUGGAAUGUGUCAGCAUUCUUUGCUAUUUUCUUGACAAGAUGUCACCUUUUCCUCUCCUGGCCUCCAUCCUUGAUGUGCAAUGUAGUAGAAAGUGUUUAGACCAGCCCUGCUAACUGUGACACCUGAAAAUAGGUAGGGAAUUGGGUAAGCCCUUCUUCCCUGUGCACCUUCAUUCCUGACUUUCUGUUUGUGAUUAGGAACAGAUUUUCCACUGGCUCAAUGCUGUGCCUGGCUGACCAACUGGGGGCCCUAUGGAGUUGGUCAGAAUGGAGCAUCACACCCACAUGGCCACGCAGUGGUCUUCCUACACUGAGCCCACCACUCCUUUGAGACUCUUCCUGACCAGGCCUCAGAUACUGGGUAUGACAGUGUUCACUCAGGGCCUAGGUUUCCUCACCCAUACAUGGUUCCCACUCACUCUCCUUGCACAUCUUACAAGGUGACUUGAUUCAGCACUUGGUUCUCUGCUGCCCAGUUUCAGGACUGGAACUCCACAAAUGAUGCAGACUUUGUUUAGAAGGAUUUGGCUAAAAGAGAAAGCCUAGACAUUAUCAUUUUAACUGGCCCAGCUUGUUCUUUCAUUUCACAAAAAGAAUUACUUAAAAGCAUUCAUUACAAUUGAUUUCUAUAAUUAAAUGGAUUUCUUCGUGUUGGUACUGCCAGCAAAAUAAUUGAAGCAUUAAGGCUCUCUUGUCUUUUUAAAAAGCAAAUUAAUUAAAAUAUUUUGAAGAUGGUGAAAGUGAACAAAGGGACUGAUUUUAAUGACAGUUUAGGUCAGAAACUUUAAAAUAACAGUGCCUUCACCUUGAAACAUGGCACUGGCUAGAUUUUAAACAUAUACCCAGCCCAAACUAAAGUUCUCAGGGCUUUCAGCAAAAAGGCUGCUCAAAAAGCAUAAAGCCACAGUACAGAGAAGCCAGUGUGUACAUCUCCACUCAUUCUAAUAGUUUGGUUUUUCCCUAACAUCUUCCUCCAUGUAGUAACUUUCUGCUUAUUAUCAUCAGGCAUACACUCAUGAAGAUCAGUCAUUAUACCUCAGACCUAGACUUUUUUUUUUUCCUUCAAAUAAAGGCCACCCACUGCCAAACACUCUCUUCUGCAAUCUCCCAUUUCCGUAAUGGGAUUAGUGAUUUAACUGACUUGAAGCAAGUAGUACCAUAUUUUAAAUAUCUUCCCUCUCUUUCUUGGAUUGAUAAAGCCAAUCACCUCAUCUCAUGUUUUUAACCCAUGCAUAUGGAAGGAAAGUUGCCCUCACUUUUAUAGAAGUUUGCCUUCCUCUGGCAUAUUAGCCUCAUGUCUUAUUUUGUUCUUGUUCAGGCCCCCUAAUUCUAAGGCCUCUGCCAAGGGACUGUGUCUAAGCCAUGUGCUGGCCAGCAGCUUCUUUCUUCUGGGUCUUCAUCCCUGCGCCAACGCUCACAAAAGACCCGUUGCUGAUUCUGCUUGAUAAAGCAAAGUUGUUUGCAUUUUCAGAUUACAAAGGAAGACCUGAGGAGCCUCUAGAAUCUUUGCACAUGAUGGUGAUGAUCAAAAAAGACACUCAGAGAUGCCCAGGUUGGGGUUGGGUUUGGGAUGGGCUUUGGUAUGACAGACAAGACUAAUGAACUUACCCUUCUUGCCAGAUGGGGCCCGUAAGACAGAUUUUUACUUCCACAGUCAAGCUGGAAACAAACUGUGCCUUCAAAAAAGUGGUUUUUCUAACUUUAGGUUGGUUAUGUUAAAUGUGCUAACUAAAAAAUAAGUGCAUUCUCCUCCAGAGGAAACUCUAACAUCUAGUGAUUUGUAACUUAGCAGGGGGGUUGUCUUUUUUUGCAUUCUGUAGGAAGGGAGACCUGAAUUUCACUCAGGUGGCAAGAAAUAUAGAAGUGCAUUUUAAUUUCUCUAACUUUUAUGAAUAUUUAAUUUUAAGUGUACACUACACCAAUUUAGUGAAAAUCUUAUACUUUGCCUCUAUAGGCUUUUCUGAAGAAUUUUUAAAGUUAGCAAUGUUGAGCAUCUUUCAGCUCUAAUGGAUGAAAUGUCUAAUGUACAGAAUCAUGAUCUAGUCAUUAAAAGUGCUCCUGGGAAGGUGGGCUUUUUGUUCGGUCUGUGUGAGAACAGCUCUUAACGCUCCAUGCCUUCAACUUAACAAUGACCAUAUUCCAUGAAAUAAAAUGUGAAGUUUUUAAAUCAGCUU